AUGACGACCAGUGAUGGCGUCGCACUUCGUCAUCCUCCAAUAUCGAUGGUUGAUAUUCAUCCUCGAUUAGAUAUUGAUACAAUAUCAAUUCUUAGCUCACAAUCGGAUAGUGUUCAACAUUUAUCUUCCUAUAUUGAAUCUGAUGAUGAAGGCAAAGGUUUAGUUGGUAGUCAUUCAUCUCGUUUACAUGAUUCAAAUGCUCAAUCAUCAUCUUUAACAUCUUCAUCGUCUCAACAUCAACCAGCAGCAUUUAAAAAAGACUGGGCAAUGUAUCUAACAAAACCUAGUAAUGGUCAUCAUAAUAAACAUCGAUAUAAUAAUGAAAGUUCAAGUGAAACAAGUGACAGUGAUGAUAAUGAUGAAUCAUCAUCAAGUAUAUCCAAUGGUGAUGAAAGCGAACAAGAUGCUGUCGAUGAUCCAUGGACUAUCAACAAUGUACAACGAGAAUAUUAUACAAAACAAUUUAAAGAUAUUCAACCAGAUGUAACCAAAGUUAUUAGUGGUAAUAUAGCGAAAGAAUUUUUUGAACGUUCACAUUUACCAACAAGUGAAUUAUCACAAAUCUGGAAUUUAUCUGAUGUAAAUCAUGAUGGCGCACUAUCACUUGCUGAAUUUUGCACAGCUAUGCAUCUUGUUGUUUUACGUGUUAAUGGUUUCGAAUUGCCCGAUGAAUUACCAACACAAUUACAACCAUAUGCACCGCUUAUUGAUCUAUCAGAUUCGACAACUAUUCUAUCGCAAACAAAUGAGCAAUCAGAUAAUUGGGCGAACUUUAAAGAUACAAACAGUGAAUUAACAAUUACAACAAGCCUAGAGGAAAAUUCAAAUAAUUCACCAAAACAAUUUAUCUAUGGACCUCCACUUGCUGACAAUCAUCGUAUUGUAGCACCAGUACCUGUUCGUCUUUCGUCUUCGCCACCAUUACCACCACCGGUCGUUGUUGCAGUGGCAAAGCCACCUCCACCACCACCACGUGCUCCUGGUCGAACAGCAUCUCUUGAUAUUGCUCAUCAGCCAAUAUUACCUCCACGUACGAUUCUUAAUGAUACACCUCAACGCAAUCCUAUCCUAACAACAACUAAUGCUAACAAUUCAUCAACAACACCAUAUCUCUACAAUCGAACACGCCCAUCAAUAGUAUCAGCACCUCAACAGUUGGAUGCAAAUCUUCUGUUUGGACAAAUACGUGAUUUAUUGCAACCUGAUCAUUUGCAAGAAUUAGCAUCUAUUAUAUCAACACCAUCAACAACGACAAUAGAAAAUCUUCAUACGGCAUUAAAUCAAACUAAAACUCGAAAUUUAGUACUUAAAGCACAACUUAAACAUUGGGAAGAUCGUCUUACGGAUUUAAUCGAUAAACGUAUUUCAUUGGAACUUCAAUAUAAAUUACAACAACAGCAGCCAUAA